UGUAAGUGCACGAGCAUUAAACAUGACAAUUUUAUUCUUGCUGCAAGAGAUACCAAAAAAAUGUUACAUGCUACAAUUUAAAUUUAUUAUUUGUUAUUAAGUCUUGUAACUAAGAAAUGAAGAAAAUCGUUCAAACAAAUGCAGUUUGCCGGCAGAAAACAUCUGAAAUUGAAAAGAAAACAGAAGAUCUGUACUUCUCGUCCAGCGAAGAUGAAGAGGAAACACGUUCUCAUUCUGUCGAAGACUGGACCAAAAUUGGUGAGGCUAUCAAAGCUUGUUUUUCGAAAGUAAAGGAAAAAAAUUUAGAAAAAGAUGAUCUCAGUGAGCCUUUGAUGAGUCUGAACCAAAUGCACGAUAGUCUGGACAGUUUUCAAGUUGAUUUUUGGAAACUGGCCAACGAAUUAGAACUCGUCGGACUUUUCUCAAAUAGUUUGAAUUGUCUGAAAAACGACUUUUUUGCCGAGCCCGCUUUCUUCAAUUAUGAACAGUUAUCUGGUCUUAUUAGCAGCGGUUCCGAACGAAGUGGGGACAUCAGAAAAAAACUAAUAGAUUCUGGAGCUUACAAGCUGAUAAUUUGGAGCUUGGAACAUCCAGAUAUCAAAAAUGGACUUCUCAGCGAUGAUGCCUGCGAUGAAAGAUUGCGAUGGAAGAUGGUGGUGGCUCUUGAUUCUCUGUUUACGGUGAUUUACAACAUACUCAGAUAUUACUCGGAAUCCCAGCGAAUUAUGCGGAAAACGGGUUUAGUCCAAACUUGCUUGCUGUACCUUAAAAGCAAAAUACCCAGCAUUAAGGCAUGUGCACUUUUGGUGUUGACUUUCGCCGCAGAUUUAGACGAAAGCAAUGAAAUAAUCCAAGCAACCCAAUGCAAUAUCAAAUUUGUGAUUCGGAAUCUUCUAGAAGAAGCGAUGCGCUCAGAGACCAGACGAAAUUCAAGCGGUUACACAGUUGAAGAGUUGUUAGAAAGUUUAUCCAGAUUGGCAAAAAACUUUAACAAUGCGAUUGAAAUGUUGAAUCUUGGAAUAGUAGACGAUUGUUUCAAAAUACUCGAUGAAACCAGGGAUCAUUUGGAGGUUAAAUGGUCAUUGCAUCUUAUUUGGUCCCUCAGCUUCUUGGACACAUGUCGCGAAAAACUAAAAAGUCACAAAAUUGUCAACAUAAUUCAAAAAGCCUCCCAAAGUAAAAAUACGGAGAUCUCAAGCGCAGCAAAGGGAAUACUAUGGGGGCUGGGAAAAACGGAAAAGGAAAAUCUAUCCAAAAAUAACGCUCAAAAACAACGACUGCCAAUAACCCAAACUCAACCAAAGGCCCUGCACAUCAUGAUCAGCUAUUGUUGGAAUCAACAAAAAACAGCUCUAAAACUGUUCGAGGGUCUGAAGAAAAGUGGAAAAGAGGUUUGGAUAGACGUCGAAAAAAUGGAAGGGGACUCGCUGGAAAAGAUGGCGGAGGCGGUGGACAACUCUGAGAUCGUAAUCUGCUGCUUCUCUGAAGACUACAGUAAUAGCCAGUCGUGUAGAGCAGAAGCAACAUAUGCUUACAAGCAGAAGAAGAAAAUAGUGUUCGCCAAAGUCCAGCCAGAGUUUGAACCCCGAGGAUGGCUCGGACUCAUUCUCGGCGCCGAGAUCUAUUACCAACUGCAUAACGAGAUAGAUUUCUCCGUCAACUUUGCAAAUCUAAUCAACUACAUCAACAAAACGAAAUCAGUAACCGAAAGCGUCGAUGAAAUUGAUUUCAUUGUCAGCGAAAACAAACAGAACAAUUUGAACUCGACUCCCAGUUCAGCUAGCAUAAACAUAACUAAGUUUAUGCAGUGGACUACUGAUGAAGUGAAGGAAUGGCUAGCUUCAAUGGGUUUCCAAAAAUCGCAUUUGAAAGAAUCAGAACUGGGAACUUUCACAGGACAAAACUUGAAGGAGAUGAAAACAUGGCAAGCCACAGCGCCUCAAUUUUUUCUUGAAUUCUGUCAGAAAAAUUUGAAAAUCAAGGGAACCAAACUGCUGGUUGAGUUUUCUGCUGCUCUGAGAGAAUUGUAAGAACGAACUGAGUGGAACAUAGCUUUAAAAAGCCCUAAGGGACCUGGCUCUUACUCUUAAAACAAAAAAAACAUCGGUGCAGAAUCUAAAUCUCCAUUUUUUUUGUAUUUUUAUCGCGUUUUGUAUUGCUAGAAUUUAUUUUAUAAAGAAAUAACGCCUCGCUUUUAGAGUAUAAUGAAAGCUAUUUAGCAAUCUUCUUCUCCUCCGCGGUUCUAAGAUUUUUUCUAGGAGUGAGUUUUGUUCGCGCUUAAAUUAAUGACGUCAUUAUAGCGCGAAAGUGAAAAAGCUAAAAUCAGAUUUUCUUAGACAAAAGGCCUUGAAACUACUGGUUUGUCCGAUUAAGGUCACUUUGCCAUCAAAAAUGUUUACAGAUUUUUGAGAUUGUUGAGAAACGUUUUGAUAACAUGUUAACCGGAAGAUG